AUGGAAGAAGUGGUGGAACUACAAAGAAGACUUGAUUAUCUAACACCUGCGCUGGCUGAUAAGGAAUCACAUGUGACAAAAAUGGAAAUUGAAAAGGACGAAUUGGCUGAUAAAUUAAGGCAUGCAACUAAUCAGUUAAGCGAAAUACAGAUGACAAUCAAUGAAAAAAAUCGUGAAGAGAAAGCAUUAUUUGAUGCUGAAGAAGAGCGGAAAAAUGAGAUUGAUCGAUUGUUGAAGACAAUUCGACAUUUGGAAAAUAUACUAAAAGAAAUGGAAAAUAAGGAAGCAUCACUGAUUAAUGAUAUUACUUCGAUGAAGCGCUCAUUGCGUGAAGAACAGUUAACAGCUAAAAAGGAUAAAGCUGUUGCAGAAAAGGCAAUCUUUGAAUUUGCUUUGGAAGAAAAUAAUGCUUUGAUAAAAGAGAAUUCACAUUUAUCAGCGGAAAUAACGCGAUUGGAAAUGAAAGUGAAAACUCUCAAUCAGCAAAUUGAUUUUGCGCAAGAGAAAGAGAUAAAGCCAGCAGAAAUUGCUUCGAUGAGAGAAUCAGAAAAAUCACUGAAGAUGGAACUAUUGAAAGCAGAAGAAAAGUUGCAAACAGAAAAAGAACGUAACCGACGGGUUAUCUCAGAGCUGGAGCAGUAUCGAAAGUCUGAAGAAAGCGCAAGAGAAUCUCGUGGAAGGGUGCAAAAGCAACUCGAUGCUUUAAAAGUAUUAUCUGAAUCAUUGUCGAAUGAAAACAAAUCUUUGAGACAAGAAAAAAUCAUUCUUGCUGAACGAUGUGAGGAAUUACUUAAAAAGGGAAAUUCAUUAACUGACAACGUUACGAAUCUUACAACCGAUGUUGAAGGUUUAAAAGAGAUAAAUUUCGAUAUGUAUCAAAAGAUGAAUGAAAAAAUGAAAGAAGUAGAAUAUUUACAAGAGCAGAAUCGCGACUUACUGCAAAAAGUAAAAAAUCAUGAAAAUGAAUUACAAAAAUGUAAAGAACGUUAUGAAAGUAUCGAAAGGAAGCAUAAAGAUACAUUUGAAGAACUGGAGAAGCAGAUGAUAAUGCGACAAGAAAAGUCGGAAGAAUAUGAAAAAUUGGCGAGACGCAUAUUAGAGCUUUCGGAUUCUGUAAAGGACAAGAAACCAGCAUCUCCCAGUACCACAGCUAGCUCAUCUAAAUUCUCGACACCAUAUCCCAACAAAUCCUUCCUUGAUCAGUUAUCUCCCAUUCCUGAAUCAUCAGCAACUGUUCAGCAGACUACUGAACGAAUUCAAACCAAUGAAAGGAGAAUUCCUUAG